CUUUCUAUUCAGUGUAAACGGAAGUGAACAGUGACCAAUAACGAUUUCCCUGUUAGCGUUUUUAUUGUUGUUAUUUAGACGUUUAUUAACACACUGGAACUUAAAAUAUGACUAAUUUACUUGCACAACAUCACAUACGUACCUAAGGUAGUGUUUAAAUCACGUUGGAGACAGGAUUUGGUUGAUAGCUGGCUAGCUGGCUGCUAACUAGCUAAAAAUGGCUAACGUGAACAGUAUGGUUUUUCACACUCAAAUAGCCUCCAUCAUGGAGGUGCUAGCGAAUGCAGCCGUGGCAGAGAUCUGUAAAGUCGUAGACGACGACUAUGCAGUGUUUCGUUUGGAAAUAACUCAAAGCCAGAAAGAAAACAGGGCAUUGCGGAGGAAACUACAGCUACUAGAAUUGAAGGUGUCACGGGAGCGCGCAGAGAGGACAUUGCGGGAGCGCGUCCUCGCCAUUUCCAGUAGUGUCAAGAUCCUCGACCGAUACAGAGGAAUGACAAGAGGCGAAGGACAUCUCACUGGAGGACACAGGAGCUUUGGGAAGCCAGCGGGACACAAUAUAUGGAGAGAUGACCAACCAAUCACUGUUGAUGAGGGGAAUGGAACCUCAUCCCAGCACGUUAUCCUGAUAGAGUCUGCAGAUGCAGAGGCUGCAGGUCCUGGGGUCAAGCAGGAGAAGACUGAAGGAGAGGAGGAACCAUGGCACAGCCGUAACAUCCAGACGGGCGCUCCCCCUGUAGCCACGGAGGACCCCACCACUGCCACCGUGCUACCCAUGACCCGACGCAGCAUCACGGAGGUCAGUGGAACGCCUAUCGCCGUCCUCAAGUCAGAGACAGACACCAAGACAUUAACGGGGCUGGGCUGUCCUGCUCCUCACUCAGAAUAUUUCCAGUACGGUAACCCGAGGACGGUUCUGUCCCAUCAGGACUCAGGUGACACGUUACAGACUGGCAAUGAUCCGUCCUGUUCAUACACAACAGAGAUGAUACCUGGUGACAUGCCUGUGGGCUUAGAUACACAGACUAAUCCAAUGAGAGGGAACUGGAACCAGUACAGUAGUAGUGUAUACUCUGGACGGUGCCUAGAUAAGAAAGGGGAGGGUCUGGUCGUAGAUGAGAUGACUGUGAAAGUGGAGGGCGACGUUCCUGUGACAUGGAAUGCAGACGAGACUCACUUCGGAGAAGGACACUCGCAUGGCAGCUCCAGUGACUUCUUAGACUACAGGGAAAGCUUAGAGACAAAUUUAAAUGUCUCGACCCACUCCCCUUUACACCCAGUAUCCAUGUCGAUGGGGCCUUCCGAUUCACAAGGCUGCAUCCUUUUAGAUCAGGUAUUGAACUCAAACAACCAAACGGCCAAGGUGUGGGGAGAGGGAGCAACAACAGGCGGUAAAGAGAAGCAGUUCUUUUGCAUGUUCUGUAACAAAGGCUUCAGCUGCCCACAGAAGGUCGAGAUCCACCAGAGGGUCCACACAGGGGUGAAACCCUUCAGCUGUACCCAGUGUCAUAUGCGCUUUGCCCAUGCUGGCAACCUGAAGAGGCACCAGCGGUUCCACACAGGGGUAAAACCCUUCAAAUGUACCCAGUGUCACAUGCGCUUCACCCAGGCUGGUGACCUGAAGAGGCACGAGAGGGUCCACACAGGGGAGAAACCCUACAGCUGCCCCCAGUGUGAGAAGAGGUUCUCCCGUCAGGACCAGCUGAAGAUGCACUUGAAGGUCCACACGGGAGAGAAGCCAUUUGCCUGUACACACUGUGGGAAGAGGUUCUCAGAGAGGACCUACCUCAGGAUGCAUCAGCAAAAACACCAUUCAACUCUAUAACAUACAAAGUAACCAUUCCACUCGAUAGCUUCUGACAUUUAGAUCAAACCCUGCAUUAAAGACUAAGAUGAAUGGUCAUUGUUGUCAGCAGAAAAGAUCCAUAGAUCCAUAGCAGAAAAGAUCCAUAGAUACAUUUGGAAUAAAGAGAGUAACAGAUUUCAGUGUUGAAUAUUCCUGGGUAGAAUUUUGCAUCCCGUCAAAAAUAAAGGGAACACUUAAACAACACAAUGUAACUCCAAGUCAAUCACACUUCUGUGAAAUCAAACUGUCCACU